GACGAAAUCUGUAUGAAAUGUGACAGGGGUCAGGUGAAUGUAGCGUCUGGCUGCAUGUCAGAGUUCAGCUGCGCGCCGUUGCCAUGGCGACCGUUGGCCGCGUACUCGCGCUGAAGUUCGCCGAUCAAUGUCAUUUCUUUUACGAAUCUUUCUGUCAUUAUUACGCGAUUUAAAGCAUUGGAAGCAAAAAUUAAAGCUUUUUCUGUCAUGCGGUGUGCUUGUCUGAGGAAUGAACCAUUAUAGAGUCAUCAGGAAGAUCGGAGAGGGAACUUUCUCUGAGUGCGGAUCAGGCGAACAGUCUGAGAGAAGUUCAAGCCAUGAAGAGACUCAGUCCACAUCUCAACAUCCUUCAGCUUCAUGAACUCAUCUAUGACCAGGACUCUGGAAGUCUGUCACUGAUAUGUGAACUUAUGGAAAUGAACAUAUAUGAAUUCAUUAAAGGACGCCAGUAUCCUUUGCCCGAGAGUAAAGUCAAACAUUACGUGUAUCAGUUGUGCAGAUCUCUCGAUCACAUGCACAGCAAUGGAAUAUUUCACAGAGAUGUGAAGCCAGAGAACAUCCUGAUCAAAAAUGAUGUGCUAAAGCUGGCAGACUUCGGUUCCUGCAGGAGCAUCUACUCCAGACCUCCUCACACUGAAUACAUCUCCACACGCUGGUACAGAGCACCUGAAUGUUUACUCACAGAUGGACACUAUUCUGAGAAGAUGGACAUGUGGAGCGCAGGAUGUGUCUUCUUUGAAAUCCUCAGCUCGAGUCCUCUAUUCCCUGGACAUAAUGAGCUGGACCAGUUGAACAAAAUCCACAAUGUUCUGGGCACACCAGACAGCACGCUUCUGAAGAAGUUCAAACAGUCUCGUGCCAUGAGCUUCGAUUUCCCAAUUCGCAAAGGCUGUGGGAUUUCUCAGCUCAUUCCUCACUGUUCGGCUGCUAGUCUGUCUGUGCUGCACCUGAUGUUGACCUAUGACCCGGAGGAACGCAUCAGCGCCAGCGCAGCGCUGCAGCACCCCUGCUUCAGAGAACUCCGGAUCGCAGAGAGAAAAGCAGCAAGACUGCGGAAGGUUCUCGGAGCCGUCGAGGGAGUGUCUGGUGGGACGCCGGCAUCUGUCGAUCAUCUGUGGCGAAUCGCACGGCAGGGAAGAAGACAGCACCUAAAGCAGACCGGUGACCCUCUUAGUAGACGAAACGCUUCUCAUUUUCCUUUGGAGCUUCCGAAACUCAACGUUGUGGUGCCGACUCCUAAAGUCCCCUAUCCAGUGUCCACCUUCCCUGCCCUGACAAUUUCACACCGCGCCUCUCUGCCUGCUAUCUCCAAAAAGUGCCAGUCACGUCUGACCAAAGUAAUCAUCUGUUCUAUUCAGCCCAAGGAAGAGUCACAGCGUUUGCAGAGAUACUACAUCCCCCCGCUGAAGCGUAAUCCAGACCACUACUGAAGUCUGUAGACAUCAGAUGAUGCCACUGCUUGUAAAUGCUGAAUGCAAAGAACGACUGACUUCUGUAAGACCUGUAAGCUGCGAUCUACAGAUUGUGUGUUUGCUCAAAUCAAUUAAAGAGGUUUACUUUUGUUCUCUAAUCUUAUUUUACAUGCCAACAUGCCCUGUGCACAGACACUUACAGUUUUUAAUCCAGUAUGUGAAAAGAGUUGCUUGAGGUUCCUGGCAGUGACCUAUGGUUGCACACACAGGCAUACACACACACACACACACACACACACACACACACAACCUCAAUGCAUUGUUUAUUUCAGAGAUUGUGUAUACAUGUACAUACAGUAAAAUGAUAGACAGCUUCAGACAUUUAUUCUCCAUAAGAUCAUCAGUCAGAUGACUAAAUCUCUCUAAAAGACGGCAAGUGCCAUGCAAACACCACGUGCUGAUAUUACGGGCUCUUAUAGUGAAAUAAAUUCAUGUUCUCAUCAGUGCUGGGGUAUCUUCUGCCAAAUUUGCAGCUGUAGACUUGGGCUUACUUUACAUUUGUUGCAAAUGGUCAUGUUUUGUUGCGUUAUUGUAAAAUCUUAAAUUUGUAUGAGAAUUAAAGGAUUUCUAAAUACACACUACUGCACAGAGCAUUCAAGACUACAAUGAAAUCUGAAUUAGCCGUUUGUAUUUAACUGGAAUGAUUUUACAUUGAAGAAGGUUGGUUUUAAAGUUAACAAGCAGAGCACAAUACAGAUGUUUUUUGUCCAGCUCAGAAUAAAUAAUGAAAAAACA